AUGAGUUGCAGCACGUGCAACAUCGCCCAACACGUGGCGGCCCUCCAUUGCGCCGACACGGAGGCCACAGCCGUCUCGUCCGCUUGCGCGCGGCAUAGCGCGGUCGAUCCCCAUCCGCACCCCCAUCCGCACUCGCACUCCCUCCCUCGCAUCUGUUCCGUCGCAAGUUGCCGGAGCGCCAGCAACAUAAUCAUCGCAGACGCGGCACUUAUGACCGAUGCCAUGCUACCGUCAUUCUCGCCGGCUUGCGCGCACGUCGCGGGGAAGCUACUGGCUCCGCCGUCCCUGUCCACGCCGCGCUCCGCGGCGACUUCGGCGGUUCUCCCCGUGUCGCUCUCGUCGCCCUCUGUCUCUGCUGCUUCCGUCGCCACGCCUUGUCUCUUUACCUCCCCGUCCGCGCCGCUUCUCGAUCGGGAACCGACCGUCUCGACCAGCCUCCCGGAGUUCCCGCUUCCAUUCGCGGAACUACCGCCGCCGUCAAUUCUGCCGCCGCCGCCGCAGUCGCCGCGAACGACGCCGCCUCAAGCUCCGCAUCCACCGCCGCAAUCGCCGGUGAACCUGGAGCAGCAGGCCGGGAAAAGCGGAAAGAGUGCGAAGAGUUGGACUGCUGCGGUAACUAUGGGCGUGGGUUCGAGCCUCGGUGUGGCAGCCAUAGUUGGAGUGCGUUUCGCAGGCUACGGCGCGCAGCCGUCCCUUCUCGACCUCUUCUCGUCGCUCGGCGUUCCACUCGAUAUAAGGAUGAUCGAGGCCUGCGCGUUGUCCCUAUGGCACCUCUCGUCCGCCCUCUCCUUCCCCAUCUCUCUCUCGCUGCCGUCACUUUCCCCGUCUCUCGAUCGCCCAUUCAACCUCCUCCUCCUCCUCCUGCUCACCGCUCUUUGCGCCGCGGGCGUUUCGGUUCUUUUACCGCCCUCGACUUCCGCCGCCGGCGCAGCUUCGAGGGGGAGAAGGCGGAGCGAGCGCAGCGCAACGAGCGGGGUGGGGUUUAGCGGAAGUAUAGGCGGCGGUAUGAGUGACGACGUGGAAUUGCGCGGCGACGCGAGCACAGCGGCGGAGGCGAGAGUACUAGCAGAAACAAUUGAGCAGUCAGGGCCGGCAGCGGAGUUUGACGUAGCCAGGAUGACGGUGGGCGAUGCAACGACGCCAUCUGCGCCGGCGGGAGCGGCGGGGACGAGCGAGGGAGGCUGGUGGUGGGGCAGUGGGUGGUGGUGGCGCGUGAGCGUUGACGCCUCGGUCGGUGGCGGCUCGGGGUCGGACGGUGCAACGGACGUAUUGCGCGAGGGUCUGGGCGCCGGAACAGCAGCAGCAGCUGCCGGGGGGAUGACGAAGAAAAUCAGCAACCUGAGUGUCGAAGUUCCCGAGACCACCUUUCUGUCCGCGUCCCACCAGCCUUCCCCCUCGUCCGCGUCUCCCCGCGUGUCGUCGCCCUUCCCCCGCUUCACAGCAUCGUCGCCCACUUGCACAUCCUCAGCAGCAGCAGCAGAGCGCCUACACCUGCUCCACCGCGCUGCUGACGCUGCCGCCGCUGCGAGCGCCGCCCUGCUCUCCCCGCGUGCCACAUGUCCAGCCACUGAUGCUGCCACUGGUGCUGCCACUGUUGGUGCUGUUCCUGCCGACGCCGAUGGUUCAGCAGCAGCGGCAGCAGCGGCAGCAGCUGCAGCGGAGGCGUUUAUGGAGAGUGACAGGGGCGAGGUGAACUCGGGGGAUCUGGCUGACCUGAUGCUGCACCUGGACUGGUCGUAUGACGAAGGGCUGGGGCGCUGGGACCGGAUCAUAGACAAAGAGAGUGACGACGUGCAGUACGAGGCGUGGAGGCGAGACCCCAAGAAUGGCGGACCAACGGAAUACCACACGCUCACGCGCUUUCUCGGCCUGCCAGCGCAGCUCGUAGCAGCAUACUACACGGACUGCUCGUACCACCUGCAGCACCAGUGCGACCCUGUGCUCAAGGCCUUCUCCCCGCUCUCCGCCUGCCCUGUCACCGGCGUGCACAAGGGCAGGUUCGAAAGAAAAUACCCGCUCUGUGCUGCCCGGGAGUAUGUCCUGGCUUGGAAGGUGUGGGAGAUGUGGGGGGGUGGUCCGGCGGGGAGGGAGGAGGAGGGAGGGGUGCGGGGAGUGGAAGGAGGGGAGGUGGUGUUCUGUGUGACAAAAGCAGUGGAGGAUGCAAGCGUGCCCCGCAAGUCGAAGCCAAAGCGGGUGGAUAUUUACAACUGCGGAUGGAGAGUGCAGGAUGUUGUCCUGCCAGACGGGCGAAAAGCUGCUGAGAUAGAGAUGGUGGUGCGGGAUGACUGUGGCAUUCAAAGAGACAUGGCAAAGAUGGCAUUCAGGCGCGGCGCAUGGGGUUAUGUGUGCAACACACUCGCACACAUCCGCGGGUAUGCACAGCUGCACCCGCACCUGCUGCUGCCUCCGCCUCCUCCUCCUCACCCCACUGGGGUUGAGGUGGUUCAAGGGGAGAAGAGUGUGCAGGCGCAGCAGGAGCAAGGGGGGGAGGAGAGGGCGGAGGAGAUGGAGGGGGUGCAGCAACCCGUGUUGUCAAGCCAGCAUGGCAGCAGCAGAGUUUUUGACCAAGAUGGCAUACUUCCUGCAGGAGACGCAGCAGCAGCGGGUGUUGCUGCACAGGCGGAGGUGUCGACACUAGCAGCAUUGUCAGCGUCAGCAUCUGGAGCAGCUAUGGGGCUCGGUGUAGGGGGGUUGCUUGUGGUGCAUUGCGGUGCAGCAGGGGCAGCAUCGAAGGUGCUUCUGGCGUGCACCCUGAGGUCCAUGUGGGUGGGGGCGCAGAGGGAGAGUCCCCAGGAAGGCCCGUCCCAGGCUGGCUGCAAGGAAGCAAGGAAAUAA